AUGGAGGAAGAGCUUCAUGUUUUAGCAGUAGAUGACAAUCUAAUUGACCUGACAACAGCAGAAAAUGGGAUUAGAGCAUUGGAAUACUUAGGCUUGGGAAAUCCACAACAGACUGAUUCAUCAAGUACCAACAAUGUUAUGAAACAGGAAUCUUCGAAUCUAAAGGAAGUACCUGUUGUGAUAUUGUCAUCAGAGAACAUUCCUACUCGCAUCAACAAAUGUUUAGCAAGUGGGGCUCAGAUGUUUAUGCAGAAGCCACUGAAACUAUCGGACGUAGAGAAACUCAAGUGUCAUCUCUUAAACUGCAGAAGCUGA